CAGACACAGUCUCUCUCGGGCUUUCCCCGAUCUCUACCAGAAUCUCUGCUUUGUCAGCCUUUUCAUCUAUCUUUCUCUCUCUCCCUUUCGAUUUUUACGUCUGACCAUCAUUAUUACCAAAUCAAACACCCCCCCCCCCCCUCGAUAACCUUCUUUUUUAUUUAUUAUGCCCUCAACCCUCAACUAAUUACGAUUAUAUUCUGUCUCACGUGCAACUCGCGCUGUAGCCUCUAACGUUUAGAAGUUAGAUUUGUUUGAUUAUCGCCUUUAAAAACCUCUCCCCACUUCUCCUUCGAGGAAGGACCGAAAGGCGAGAGUUUAUUUGGUUGUUUUGCUUUGUAGUUGUGCUUCUGCGGGUUUUCUUGGUUCCGGUUGGGCUUCUAGAGAAAAAGAAAACAAAAAAAAAAAAAAGAGUUUCAGGUAGCUUCAGACCUUUUUUGCAUUUGAAAGAAAUUAACAACUGCUCUCUUCUGUCGAAUAUGUUUGUAUCUGUGUGAGAAGGGAACUAAUCACACAUACAAGGAGUUUGUGAGCAGACAGAAAAGCAGAAGAGAUAAUGGCGUUGGAAGCUGUGGUGUUUCCACAGGACCUGUUUAGUUAUGGCUGCAAGGAUUUGUACUCCUUGGGGGGAGGAGUAGGAGGUUGGUGCUACGAUAUUGCCCUAGAAGAAGAUAACAACAAAUGUGGUCUUCAGAUGCCUGACAAGAAUAUGGAGCAGGGUCUCGCUGGAAAUUGGGACUCUUCUCCUUCUUCAAUGGUGCAAAAUAUGAAGGAAUGGGACGCUAAUUCUUCCCCGGAGGCUUGCACCGGUGAUGGCGGCUUCUUUACCGGCGGAGGCUUUUCCCCUGUGGAUGCUCAAGCAGCGACGUCGGGUCGUCGUAAGAGACGACGCACUAAGAGCUGCAAGAACAAAGAAGAGGUUGAGAAUCAGAGGAUGACCCACAUUGCCGUCGAACGUAAUCGUCGGAAGCAGAUGAACGAGUAUCUCGCCGUGCUCCGGUCUUUGAUGCCGGCAUCAUACGUUCAAAGGGGCGACCAAGCAUCAAUCAUAGGGGGAGCAAUUAAUUUCGUGAAGGAGCUCGAGCAACACCUCCAAUCCCUGGAGGCCCAGAAACGAAUAAAGCAGCAAUCGGACGCGGGUUUCUCUUCUCCAUUCGCUGAUUUCUUUUCCUUCCCUCAAUACUCUUCAUCCUCUACUCAUUGCAACAACCCAGCCGGGUCGGCAUCUUCGGCGGCGGGGAGCAAUGAAUCUACGGCCGAGAACCGGUCCGCAAUUGCCGAUAUCGAAGUGACGAUGGUGGAGAGCCAUGCCAACCUCAAAGUACUGUCCAAGAGGAGACCCAAGCAGCUGUUGAAGAUGGUAGCCGGCUUCCACACCCUGCGUCUAACAAUCCUCCACCUUAACGUCACAUCCGUCGAUCAAAUGGUCCUCUACUCAUUCAGCGUUAAGGUUGAGGACGAGUGUCAGCUUACCUCGGUGGAUGAAAUCGCCACAGCUGUUUAUCAGAUGCUAGGAAGGAUUCAGGAAGAGUCUGAAUUGAGCUGAAAGGGGCCGGGUGCAGUUGAUUUCCCCAAUAAUGUAGUAAUUCCAGAGGAGGAGUGUCCAAAUAUCCCAAAUGUAAUUCUCCUCAACCAACCCUUCCCCAGUCCCCAUCUCAUUGUAUGGAGAAAGAGGUGGACUUGUUUCUUAUUAUAUUUUAGGAAUUAAUUUCUUUAGUUUGUAUUUGCUACGGCCCAAUCCCAAUGUGACCAAUAUAUAUUUCACCUAAUUCCUGGGCGCUUGUCUCUACAGGUGUAUGAACUCAACUCUGAACUACUUUGAGAUUUAGGAGGUUUAUGUUCAUCAAAAAGUAAAUGAUAUUGUGUACAUGCCAAAUAAGGAAAUUUUGUAUAUAUAUGAGCGAUCUAGGCUAUAUGUGAAUUGGGCAUCAUUAAUUUGACUA